CGUAGGCGGAUGCAGAGCGGUCGUCAACGUUAUCGGAGAUUAUCUUGUUUUUGUCGCCAUAUCUUUCGCUUGGAUAACACUUCAUUGGAGAAAGAGUUGUGCUGAGUAGUUAAAUGUGAGAUAUAUUGUAAAAGCGAUUAUAAAAUUAAACACAAAGCAACUAUAGGCGACAUGGAUGAACGGGCGAGCAGGACAGACAACUGAUAUAUCACGCAAGGCGAUGUGAUGGGUGCCGAUGGUAGCAAAAAUAGCAAGCAUUACACAGGGCCAGAAGAUCAGUCACACACAACCGCAUGGAGGAAAUUUUUUUCCACUGUGGGCAUUUCUCUGCCAGCCGCUCUCUGGCGGGUCAGCCCUCUACAAAUCCAAUCACAUCGAAGGAUUUGUGACAAGGAACCAUCCAUCCCGGAGCACCUGCUCACCUCAAUGCCAGGCCCUGAGAAACUACUUAUGCAAUGUAGUCUGCCUACAUUUAUCAACAUGUUUCUGCCUGAGUUCCCUCAUCGCAAUGUCCCGGGACAUGAACAUUUCCAGGUCCUGGGUUACAUAGCCAAAGGAUCAUUUGGUCCCAUUUUAAAGGUUAAAGAUAAAUCAAAGCAAAAGACGUAUGCAGUCAAGGUUAUUCCAAAAUCUGAGAUUUUGCGCUUGGGUGUGUUGGAACAGUCAAAAGAAGAAGUAAUAGUCCAGCGUCAGGUCCGCCACCCUUUCGUACACGACCUGCAGGACUGCUGGCAGACGCAGCGGCACAUCUACAUUAUGUGUGAAUACUGCAGCACAGGAGACUUGUACACAUAUUGGGUGAUGAUUGGUCAGUUUGGAGAGGAUGUGGUGAAAGUCUUUGCAGCUGAAUUAGGUUCUGCAGUAGGCUUCCUUCAUGACUGUGCGAUCAUCCACCGUGAUGUGAAGAUGGAGAACGUCCUCCUAACAGAUCGAGGUCAUCUACGGCUGGCUGAUUUUGGCUUAUCCCGUCGUCUUGAGCGUGGAGGAAGGGCAUUCACUAUAUGUGGAACAAUCCAAUACAUGGCUCCUGAGGUUCUUAGCGGUGGUCCCUAUAACCACGCUGCUGAUUGGUGGUCUCUUGGCAUCCUCCUCUUUGCAUUGGCCACUGGCAAGUUUCCAGUGUCUCCCGAGCCGGACCACUGCAGCAUGCUGAGAAGGGUCCGCAGCUUCCUUUAUGAGAUGCCGAAACACUUCUCUCCUCCUUUUGCUCUUCUACUCACAGAGCUUCUUUGUAAGACACCAGCACGUCGCCUUCGGACACUGGACCGCUUCAAACGCCAAACCUUUUUUCACGGCACACCGUUUGAUUCCCAUCUUCUCCAAAAGUCCCCCAUGGAAUUGAUCCUAGAGCUGAAGAACCGGCCUGACCGCACUGCCAAAGCCCGUCGAGGCCUGACUCUGGAACCCUUCCCCAACUUUGACUGUGAUUUCCUCUUAAACCCACCGUGCACACCCACGACCUCGGACCUGUCCCCAACGCUCGCCAACGUGGAGCGAGUAGAAGCGCUUAUGCAAAGCCACGUGCCCCAAGACGAUGACUCUAAAAGAGAGGUGUUUGUUUAAGUUUGUUUAAGAAAAGCCAGUGUGCUUUUAUCCAAAGCGACUUACAGACAUUUUAUUAGUAUAUGUUUUUUCCUUAGCAACUCUCUCAGCUUUAGAAUUGCACACACAGCGCUUUACUGGUUGAGCUACAUUGGGAGUUUUAAUGCGAGUGCAUCAAAGCUUACAUUAAACUGGGUCAGCACAUGGUGCAAGAUGGGAAGGUUAAGAAUUGUUUAUUCUGCCAUGAGAGGGGUACUGGUUGUGUAUUUUAUUUUUAUUGGGACACUGUAGCAUUACACUUCUUUACAUUUUGUUGAGACAUUUUUAUGAAAUGUGACUCGUGUGUUUUGACGUUAUUUGAGUAUUUUGUCAUCGUUAUUAAGCCAGCACUACAUUUUCUUUCAACAAAUGCACCGUAAAUGAACAUUCCUCUCAGUUGUAAAGUUUUUAAAGAUACACAAACCCUCAGGGAAAUAUUUCAAGGCUACAUUUAUCUUUACCAAACUACAAACCUCAAACCAUUUUUAAAAGCCUGGUUAGUGGUCAUAAGUAAAGUAGUAAUAUCCAAAAGUGAAUACUUAAGGUUUAAUAUAUCAUUAUAUGCAUGGUACUGUGCACUUUCAGAUAUUUUGCAUAAUGCUCUUUAUUUAAAUGAGUUAUGACAGAUAAGAGGUAGGAAAGAUGUGAAGUGUUUUGUCCUGAGAGACACUUAAAAAAUAUUUGUUUUGCACCUUGAUCUGUUAUUUUUAUUAAAGGAAGUCUGCAUAUUUUAUAAUUUUCCUAAUUAAUGUUGUUUUAGCCACAGCUGGAUUGAUGCCCAUCUCUAAAUAAUUAACCUUCUUUUAUGAUCU